AUGGAUGGCGAAAACCGAAUCAUACUCAACGUUGGAGGCAUUAGGUAUGAGACGUACAAGGCGACACUGAAGAAGAUUCCGGCCACCCGGCUCUCGCGGCUGACGGAGGCGCUGGCCAACUACGACCCGGUGCUGAACGAGUACUUCUUCGACCGGCACCCGGGGGUGUUUGCCCAAGUGCUCAACUAUUAUCGUACAGGGAAGCUCCACUAUCCGACCGACGUCUGUGGGCCGCUGUUUGAAGAGGAACUGGAAUUCUGGGGCCUCGACUCGAACCAGGUCGAGCCGUGCUGCUGGUCAACGUACAGCGUCCACCGGGACACCCAGAGCACGCUGGCGAUCCUGGACAAGCUGGAGCUGGAUGACGAGCAGCCGUCGGAGGAGGCGAUAGCGCGGCUGUUCGGCUUCGAGGAGGCGCUGCUGAACGGCGAGCUCACUUGCUGGCAGCGGACCAAGCCCAAGAUCUGGGCCUUGUUCGACGAGCCGUCCAGUUCCACCGGCGCCAAGAUUGUGGCCGGAAUAUCGGUGUUCUUCAUCUGCAUUUCUGUGAUAUCCUUCUGCCUAAAAACGCAUCCGGGGCUGCGGGUGGAAAUUCCGGCCAUUCUCAACCUAACGACCAACGGCACCGGGCCGGGUCCGGCCAUCUCGAACGGUUCCUCGCUCGAUGGGCUCCUGCUCGAUGAACUGCAAGACCACGCGCACGAGGCGUUCUUCUACGUCGAGCUCGUCUGCAACGUGUGGUUCAUCAUCGAGCUGACCGUCCGGCUUGUGGUGUCGCCGAGCAUCGUGCAGUUCAUACGGUCGCCCGUCAACAUCAUCGACCUGGCGGCCACGCUCAGCUUCUACACCGACGUCUGCCAGCGGAUGGGCGAGCAGACGGGGCUCCUGGAGGCGUUCUCGAUCGUGCGUAUCCUGCGGCUGUUCAAGCUGACGCGCCACUCGCCCGGCCUGCGCAUCCUGAUACACACCUUCAAGGCGUCGGCCCGCGAACUAACGCUGCUGGUGUUUUUCCUCGUCCUCGGCAUCGUCGUCUUCGCCAGCCUGGUGUACUACGCCGAGAAGCUGCAGGAUAAUCCGGACAACCAGUUCAAGAGCAUCCCGCUGGGCCUCUGGUGGGCCAUCGUCACGAUGACCACAGUCGGGUACGGCGAUAUGGCUCCGAAAACAUACGUCGGUAUGUUCGUCGGCGCACUGUGUGCCCUGGCCGGCGUGCUUACGAUCGCCCUCCCGGUUCCGGUUAUCGUCAGCAACUUCUCCAUGUUCUACUCACACACGCAGGCCCGCUCGAAGCUGCCGAAGAAGCGUCGCCGUGUCCUGCCGGUGGAGCAGCCGCGCCGGAAGCGUGAAGUCGGCGUCGCCAAUCGGCGGGUGAACGCGAUGAAACACCAACACACCCAACCGGCAACGCAUCCGGCCAUCUUCAAGGAUGCUUUCGGUGGAGCGAAAAUUGGUGAUUUCAUCAACGUCCCUCAGCUGAGCUCGCUGCAGCCGCGGCAACCGACGACCGGAAAUGUAGAUUUAUUGCUGCCAUUACAGCCGAAAUUGCUUGUUCCGCUGGUGGCAGAGCGGCGAGAGUCCAAACCGGAAGAGAUGGUCCUGCCGGAGCCGAAAGUUACGCUGCAUUGCGCCGACCAGAGCGCCGCGUCGGGUAACAACACCCCCGGGGACGACGAUGAGUCCUGAGCCGUGAGA